AUGUCCAAACGGAGCAAUGCCUUCAAAGAUAACAAAGAAAUGGAAACCGUUAUGCGACUGCUCGACACUGUAGAUGAGGGCUCCUUUAGGAAGCUAUUUUCUAUUCUCAACAAACGGCCUACAUUUUUGGUCAGCCAACAUGACCGAAUUGAAUCCGUCUUGAUCUCCAUGAUCAAUCCCAAGGAGACAUCCUGUUCUCAACAAGCUUCACCACAUCCUCAUUUCGCUAUUGUUAAUACGAAAACGCGUCGUGUCUUCCACAUGGCAGCGGCAUGUUUGGCAAUUUUGCCCACAUUAGAUACUGGAACUCGACAACCAGAGCGGUUCACGGAGUUUCAGAUGCGACUGCUUUUGUGUUUGUGUGAGUCGUUUAAUGCGCUCUCUGAACUUCAUGGAAUUCCACUACCUAAUGUUUCAUCAGUGAAAGCUUACUUAGCGUCCAAAAGCAAACCUUUUGUCUCUCUUAUUCCCAUAUGCAGAGAUAAAAUGCCCUCUCCGGAAUAUUUACAAAUAGUUCUUAUACGAGCCGGUUUUUUCGUGAGUGUCCUGCGUCAUUUAUAUGAACUUGGCCUAAAUAUGCUAUUGCAUGUGCCUUUACCUUUGAUUGUGGCUCUGUUUGAAGGCAUUUUGAGCACUAAUUUAUCAAGUACCGACAAGACAUCCACCGGACUUCUUUCUCUCACUAGCCAGUUAUUACAUUGUUUAGGAGCUGUUAUCCGUACUGUGGGAUCCACAUUGAUGCCUGCCUCGUCAUUGAUUCUCACUCUGUUAAUCUAUCAACUAGAAUGGACUGCAUGUUGGCAAAAUGGUGGCCAGAUGUUCGAAGGUCUCGUACGUCAUCGUUUGGCAUCAUACGGUUGCCUUCGUGAGUUAUUAUGUUCGGCCUGCGAUUUUUCAGCUGAUCGCGUCACCAGCUUGUUGCCGAGGAUCUUAAACCAGCUAAUUCAAGAUGCAAUGUACGUGCUUAAUGUUCAGAUAGGUAAUGAAACGCCGAAAGAUCCCAGCCGAAAUGUAGAUGCGGAAACGAGAUGUGACUCAUACAAUAUCAUCAAACAACGCAUUCUGGUCGCCGCUCUCGAGCUAACGUCAGAGAUAUUCUCAAAUCCAACCAUCUGCACCUCCAUUCGUCUUUCAGGCGGUUUUUCCACUAACAAUAAACGUGAGGAUGAUUCAGCUGAUUCUAUCCAGGGAAUCGCGCGACUCCAUUUGUGUCUCAUUUGUAUGAUUCAGCAGGUAACACUCAACUACUCCAGUGGUGCGCCUUCUAAAGUAGUGGCCUCCCCCAGUUCCCACAUUCUUUUGCAUAUCCCAGUUUUGAAAAGCUUAUCCCGGGCUGCAGCAGUUGUUGUCCGAGCCACACCAUCUUCCUGCCUCAAACCGUUCUCGUUACUUUUGUGGAACACAAUGGCCGUGCAUCCGGAUCCAUAUCUGAAGUCAUUUUCUCACGAAUGCUUGAACCGCCUGGAAUCCGUGGCUCCAGCGAAGGAAUUCAUCGAGAUGAAGGCAGAGGGUUCACCAUCAUUGCUGUGUGUCGGACAAACAGAGCUCACCGGUUCAUACUCGCGUGAGUCCCACGGCAGUGCGACUAAUGUGUCGUCAACUAAAAUACUCCUUGCAAACGCUGAAGGUGACCAACAGUCGCCUUUAAAUGCAUGUGAUCGCUCACUGGAACAAAUUUCGUGCACAUAUGAUCAAUGUGACAUCCAAAAUCCUGAUGAACACGAGGAAUGUUCCGCUGCUAAGCGCUUUCACAUGUCAGGCGAUUGGCACACGCAGAAAGAUGUUAGUAUCUGCUCAAAUCCACACGAAUCUUCCGAUUCUCAGUUUCUUUCAGCAUCCGAUUUGACCCAUCUGAAUGCCUGUCUUUCCACAUUUGAUCCUACAUUUGCGUGA